AUGACAUUGGGUUUGGAAAUCAUGGAGGAUAUUGUUAUCGACGUAGUAGGGGAAGGACUCAAAGACAGCGGCGAGGAGCAGCUCCUACCUUUGGAUGAGUCGCGGAGCGAGCAGGAGCUCAGCGCCGAGAGCAAGGAGCGGGACACCUACAGCCCCGACCCGGAGAGUCCUUCCGCGGCCAAAAGCAAAGGUCCCGCGUCCGUGAAGCCCCCGUACUCUUACAUCGCUCUGAUCACCAUGGCCAUUCUGCAGAAUCCCAAGAAGCGGCUCACCCUCAGCGAGAUAUGCGACUUCAUCAGCCAGCGCUUCGUGUAUUACCGGGAGAAAUUCCCCGCAUGGCAGAACUCCAUCAGACACAAUCUGUCGCUGAACGACUGCUUCAUAAAGAUGCCCCGAGAGCCCGGUAACCCCGGCAAGGGCAACUACUGGACGCUGGACCCCAACUCCUCGGACAUGUUCGAGAACGGGAGCUUUCUGCGGCGGAGGAAGCGUUUCAAGCGGCAGCAUUUCCGCUUCGACCCGCUCAAGGAGCAGCACCUGGAGCCAAGCGGAAUGCACGGCUUCGCGCACGGCGCUUACGGGUUCGGCUCGGCGGCCCUGCAGCUUCCCGGUCUGGAGAUCUACCCGUACCUGCAUCACCACGUGCACUCCCCGUGCGGGCCCGCCGCCAUCCCACCUGUCAGCAGCAUCCUGCCGGCGCUCUCCAGCUUCUUCUCCCGCAGCGCGCUCACGGCCAAGGCUUUCCUCCAGGCGCAGCCCGGCAUCGAAGCCUUCUCCCCGGCCCAAUGCACGGCGUACUCCUCUCUGACCUCCGGCGCUGCCUUCGCGUCCCCCGCGCUCUUCCACCCCGCGGCGGCUCCGCACUUCCUCAGUUUACACCAGGAGUUUCAGAAACUACAGACUCAGCGUGGCGCCGUGGACCUGGCCAAGCACAUCCACGCCGCUCAUAAUAAAUAA